CAGUCGGCGGCACGGGCUCCUGUCAGCCCUGGGCCCAUGUUAGUCAGCGCCCCGCGUCCCUGUCAGCCCCGGUGCCAGCCCGGCCGCCGAGAGGAGCGGCGGCGCCUCGCGGAGGGGCGCAGACCCGCGGAGCCGGCUAACAAAGAGCAUUCCAGUGCAGCAAGUACAUUUAUUCACUGCAGACUUGGAACUGUAGCAAAAUGGAGAAAUCCCAAAGCAGAUUAAAAUGCCUCAAGGUGCAUGAAAUCCAACUGCUACCUAGGCCUGAAAUACAUGCAGUUGGGCAAUCCAUUGCUUCCCAGCCUGCCGGACAGUUUCAGGACAGAGGUCAUUACUCUCUGCAUCAAGCUGGGUAUACCUGGAAUCAAGGAAGAAAGUUAAAAGAAUUCCAGAGCAGAUACCUAGAAAGGAAGUUCUUUUAUCUGUGGUCAAAAAAGACAUUUGGACAAGUUCUUCCGUCCAGUGCAAGAUGCUUUUAUGACCAGAAGAUUCUUCAAAAAAUGUUCAGAGUGUGGAAGGAGCGGUGGCCUGUUUGUAGAGAAAGGAAGUUGAUUCUCAGAGCUGACAGCCAUUACAGGCACUUACUCCACAAUUUGAUAUUCAAGGCUUGGAGAGCUUAUGUAUGCCAGCAACAGGGAAAGAGGAAGAAAUACUAUGUUGCAGAGUCUCAUGAAAAGAAGCAAAAACUGCUCAGGACCUGGCAGCAUUGGCUGAUUUAUGUUGAUGUUCGAAGGACAAAACAAAGUAUGCACACUGUGGCACUGGCAUUCAGGGAAAGAAGCUGUUUGCGCAUCUCAUGGGCGGUGUGGAGAAGACGAUGCUAUCAGAACCAUGCUGGACGUAAAAUGAAUGUUUUGGCUCUGCAGCAUUGGGCCCAGAGUCUACAGUUUCGAGCUUGGUUGCAGUGGCGAGAGCUGUAUUUAUACAUCCAGAAUGACAAGCAGAAGGAGACUAAGGCGGUAACUCACUAUCUGCACGUGGAAUUGAAGAAAAGCAUGGAAGCAUGGCUGGGAUACGUAGAACUCCACAGAGCAAAGAAAUGUCAGAAUGAGCUAGCGCAAGAGCAUCACCAAGGCAGGAUAGUCCGUCAAUGUUUCUCAAAUUGGCAGCAGUCAUGGGAGUGCAGGAGAAGAGCACAUGCUCACCAAAAGGAGAUCGAAAAACUGUCAGCGAGGAUUGCUUUAUGGAGAGCUUUUGCACGCUGGAAGCAUUAUGUUGUACUGUGUGUGGAAGAGACCCAGCACUGGGAGCUGGCUGAAAAACAUCACAGGCAUCAUCUGCUGAAACUUGGGCUUAAGGGUCUUCAGCAGAAUGUCAUGAGCACUCGUCUUCAGCAAAUGAGAAAAAAUCUGUCAUACCGUCAGUAUCAGAUUACAGUGCUGCAGAAGUUCUGGAACCUUUGGAAGUCCCGUCUGGAAGAGAAGGAGGAAGAACAACAGCAGGCCUUAACAUCCUUGGCUCAUGCACGUUACCGAAAGAUGUUGAUGAGACGGGUAUUUGACAUGUGGUUGUUGAAGGCGUGCAAGCAGCAAGAAUACAGAAUGGAAGAGAAGAAGGCUGUAUUUCAUUUUGAAAGGCAACUGCUGGUUUGCUUCUGGUGCAUCUGGUGUAGAAGAACAGCUGCACGUCUGGAAGAGCAAAAGGGGUUGGCUCGUGCAAGAGAUCACUAUGGGGACCUGCUGCUCCUAAAGGCUUUCUGUCUGUGGAAACAAAAAACUCAGGAGAGAAAAAUGGAGAGGCUCAAGGAGAGCCAAGCCCUAAGAUUUCACUAUUCAAAGUGUCUGCAGCAGUCUUGGAACAAGUGGAGAAAGUAUGUGGGACAUCGGUGUGAGAAAUGGACAAAGCUGGUGCAAGCAGACAUGCACUAUCAGCACACACUACUGAGCAAGACAUUGGCAGCCUGGAAGAGUUAUCAACAUAACAUUCAGUGCAUUCUACACCAAGUAGCUGAAAAGGAGAAACAGCACACUAGACUACUGCUGCGACAACUUUUGAAUAAAUGGAGAGAAAAUGCCCUUUCCCUUAUCUGUGAAGCUAAGGCAACUGCUCGAGCAGAAGCACACUACAGGAGAGUAAUCCUGUCAAAGGUGUUUCUACAGUGGAGGUAUGCUGCCUUACUACAAAUGCAUUACCGUCAGCAGAAGGUGACAGCUGUGAUGGAGGCCAGAAAACAUUUGGAUGUGGUGCGUUUACAGACCCUGUUUCUUCACUGGAAGGAAUUUACUAGGGAGUCUCUGAUGCUGAGGGCUCAGCAGCACAGGGCAGUGCAGCACCACCAGCAGCACCUGCUGCAGAAGUACAUGGAAAAAUGGAAGAAAUACCAUCAGCAGUGCAUUGGGAAAAUGCUGCUACAGAGAAAGGCAGAUCAGCUAAUGACUGAUAGACUUUGCUCUACUUCCUUCUCCUGCUGGAAGACACGGUGUUCCUGUCUGCAGGGGGAGUGGAGUCCCUAACCCAGAACUUGUCUUUGUAAUGGUCCCAGGUGUCUUCUCUUGGUGUUGUAGGUAUUCAGUGCUUGGCUGAGAUUUGUCCAAAGGCAACAGGAGAGGAAAGAUCGCAUUGAAGAAGCCACAGAAGUUUAUCGUACUGCUCUCAUGAGAGAAGGUGUAACUUGGAUCUUGAGGUACACUGCUGGCAUGAAAGAAUUGCGGGGACAGCUCCAAGCACAGCACCAGAUGAAGGCAGCCUACAAUCUUCACCAGACAGUCUAUCGUUGUGCAAUGCUCUGGAAACAGAAAGUUCUCUACAAGAAAUUAAAUAAGCCUUGUUCUUUUGUGUCACCUCUGAAAAAGCAAGUGACAUUUAAAAUACCUGAUGUUAGCCUUGAGACAAGGGGACGUUCAGCAGAGGAAAAGCCAUGGCCUUCAAAAUGCAAUGAUCUACCAUUUCACUUUGCUGGUGGUGAUUCAAUUUUCAGUGAGCUGAAGGCUGUGCGACAGGCAAGAUUACCACCACAAAGACCUGACUUCCUUCUGGAAUCUCUAGAAAGCAAGGAACUGCUGGGAACUCCUUUGAGAUCAGGGACACCUUUUCAGCAAACAGAUGGGAACAAAUGUUCUUCUCAGACUGGGAACUUAAUGCCAGCAACUGAAACAGAAGAAAGCACCUGUAAAUGGCUUUCUCAGAUGGGCAGUCCCACUCAUUCCAACUCAUCUCUGACACGCACUGCUCUUCCAUCUGUACCAUUGUGGACACGUGAUGUGCACCGUGCUGUUCAGAAGCCAGAGCUACAGUCCCCUUCCUUAUUUAUGCCCCAAGAGAAAGCUGGAUCAGAAAUGAGAGGAGGUCAGCCCAUGCAUGGUCACACAGGAACUCAUUCCCAAGGCUGUCAACAGAGAGAAGAGUUGGAGAAGUUGCAACCAAACUUAAAGUCACAGUUGCUGUCAACUGAAGACUUAGUUGGAAAACAGAGUAACCAAAAUGCAGCUGAAUGGGAAGAAAGUAGGGAGCACAGUUCCAAAGAAGAAACGUUCCAGAGAAAGCUGGAAGCAGAGCUCCAACACAUCCAACAGCUAAUGCAGUACUACUUCAGCAGGAAGCAAGAACUCAAGUCCUGUCAACAGCAGGCACGGAUUCUAUAUAAGUGGCUAGAAAUGAGCACACAAUUAGAGGACCAAGCCAGUGUACAAAAAGUUCAAGAAGAAUUGUAUCAGUUGGAGUUGAGGAUCAACACUCUCACCAAAGCACAACAAGAAGAGAGACAGCACGUGCAGAGCCUGGUUGCCCGCCUGCAUGACAUUCGGAUUGCUCUGGAUAUGUAAUUCACAUGAACCAGUCCUCCAACUCAUGGGUAGGAAUGUCUUCAGUUCUUGCCCCUUUCAUAGCAGGGGGGUAUGGAAGAGAUGUAUACAUUCUCUUAGCCCAUGUAUGGUAUUUUUAUUUUAUAAAUUAACUUAAAUACUCUUGCUUGUUUUAUUUUGAUGAUAGCUUGUUUUUUAAAAAAACAAACAAACAAAAACAAACAGAUCAGGAGCUAA